AUGUGUUACAUCGGUAAAGCAACGAAGAUCUUCAUCUUCAUCGUUGCGGUUAUUGUCGUCACCGGCCUUGUUGUCGGACUCGGCAUACUUGGCCGGAAUGUUAACCCUAAGUCUCGUAACUGCUCCGGCGAAGACUGCUCAUUUUCCGAUUACUCUCCUCCGUCACCGUUACAGUUUCCGUUUCCCUCCGUACCUGAGCCUAAUGCAUAUAACCCACCUGAUUCAACUGUCGGUUCCGCCACCUCUCCACCACCACCGGAAACCUCUCCACCACUUAAUAACCAAUCGCCGUCACCUCCGUCGCUUGAUUUUCAAUCGCCGCCACCUCCGUCGGUUAAUAAGCAAUCGCCGCCACCUCCGUCGGUUAAUAAGCAAUCGCCGCCGCCUCCGUCACAUGUUCCGGGUUCUGUAACUACUCCUCCGGCGACAGUUACCGCUGCUCCGCCGCAAGCGGUUAAGGUGUCUCCAGGUCCGACGAAUUCUUCCUAA